UGUUGCGGGGCUGAGUGUAAACAACGUUAUUUUUGCUCUGUUGCCAGCAGGUAAGAUAGACUCUCGGUGGUUGAAGAAGGAAGUCCUACAUGAAAAUAUAAACCAUACUGACAUGCAGAUGAUUAAAGAAAACGACACGGACGUCAGUGAGGACAACACGAUGCACGUGCAAGAACAUAACAGUGCGAACGCGGGAGGAGACAACCAGGGCGUAUUUGUAAAGCCAACCAACAUUCCCGGCGCAAUAGUUCGGAGAAGACAGUGUAACCUUCGAGGGUGUGUUAUUAUUGUCGCAGGAUGUUUAAUACAUCUCACACUCGGCACACUUUAUUCAUACGGCAACUUCAGCCCAUAUAUAAUAUCGUACAUACGGAGACGGUCCUCCCCCAGUGAUCUCCGCUAUGUAGAUGGGAUAUGGGUACAGGCGUGUAUGAUGAUUGGUCAAGGAAUCACAAUGUUUGGAGGAGGGCUACUUGAGAGGAAGCUUGGACCAAGAAUAACGACUCUCAUAGGAUCAUGGAUCAUGAGUCUUGGCGUAAUGCUGUCCUACUUCGCGAUCCAGAAUUCGUACAUAGCUACAGUCUUUACGUACGGCGUGAUGUUUGGUAUGGGGACAGGAAUAGCAUAUCCUAUACCAUUGGGCUGCGCCAUGAAGUGGCUGCCGGACUGGAGGGGGCUUGUGAGUGGUUCCAUCAUAGCAGGGUUUGGAGCUGGCGCUCUGGUGUUUAACCAGGUUAUCACUGCCUAUGUCAACCCAGAAAACUACAGCCCUGAUGACAACAACGAUGGAGAGAAUUACUUCUCUCAGGACGUGGUGUUGGACCGUGUCCCCCACUGCUUCCUGGUGCUCGGGGGAACAUACGCGGUGGUACAGCUGUUUUCCUGUCUGAUGUUGGUUGACCCGCCCGAGGACAGCCAGGAUGAGGUCGGGGUAACAAGCUACAAGACUGUUGAUGAAAUGAGUAACAUUAACGAAGGAUUCUCUGGUGACAUGGAGAUGACGAAGUCAGCUUCUCCUGAAGCUGCAGCCGUUCAAACAAAAGACAUAGAUGCUGCUGCUGAAGAUGUUCCACCACAGAAGGUCCUCAAGUCCAAGAACUUCUACCUCCUGUGGCUGAUAUUUCUCUUUGGGGGAGAAGGGAUUGUGUUUGUUUCAUCACAAUAUAAGAAUUACGGACAGACAUUCAUUGAUGAUGACCACUUUCUGGCCAUUGUUGGGUCUGUGUCAUCAGUCUUCAAUGCUGGGGGCAGCAUAUUCUGGGGAUAUAUCAUGGAUCGGUUCUCCUUUAAGAUUGCAGCCCGAUGUAUAUAUAUUGCCUUCGCCUGCCUCAUAGCCUCGUUUCUGGGGUGUGAGUAUGCUGGGAGGGUGAUGUUCUUCAUCUGGGUGUGCCUCAUCUUUUUUGCUUUCUCCGGAAUCUUCUCCAUCAUGCCACCUGCCAUUGCCAGGAUGUAUGGGAACACGUAUGUCGGUGUCAACUUUGGACUUCUUUUCACAUCCCAGAUCAUAACUGGAGCCACAAGUGCCUUCCUUGGGCAAAUCCUCAAAGAUUCCAUUGGCUGGCAUGGCUUGUUCUUUCUGUCAACUGGAUUCACCGCGGCCGGUUUUAUCGUUAUAUUUUUCCUGAAAACGAAAACAUCAUCAGGGGAUGAUUUCUGAAGGGAAUGAGACUUCCACUGUUGCAUCUGUGACCAGCUGGGUGUACAUCUCUAUACUAUCAAACACAACGAUAUACAUUGCAUCUGUGACCAGCUGGGUGUACAUCUCUAUACGAUCAAACACAACGAUAUACAUUGCAUCUUUGACCAGCUGGGUGUACAUCUCUAUACGAUCAAACACAACGAUAUACAUUGCAUCUGUGACCAGCUGGGUGUACAUCUCUAUACGAUCAAACACAACGAUAUACAUUGCAUCUGUGACCAGCUGGGUGUACAUCUCUAUACGAUCAAACACAACGAUAUACAUAGCAUCUGUGACCAGCUGGGUGUAAAUCUCUAUACGAUCAAACACAACGAUAUACAUUGCAUCUGUGACCAGCAGGGUGUACAUCUCUCUCCGAUCAAACACAAAAAUAUUCAUGCAUAUGUGGACAGUUUCAUAUGUGUCUAUAGACAAUAAUAUGUAUAAAGUGAGGCAUGUAUACCUAUAUAAAUAGUGACUUUGAACCUUGAUUUGAACGAUGUAUGAGCAGUUUAGAUACACGUAACAGAUGUAAUCGUACGGAUGUGUAAUUCAUACUUUUAGUAAUUAUCUACAUACGACUGUUUUAUUGCUAGGAGUGAGUGAGUGAGUGUGGUUUUACACCACUUUUCAGCAAUAUUCCAGCAAUAUCACAGCGGGGGACACCAAAUGUGGACUUCACACAUUGUACCAAUGCAGCUGGGAACGAUCCGGGACUUUGGCGUGUCAUGGUAGGAAAGAAAACAAAACUAGCUGGGUGUACAUCCAUUAACACAACAAUAUAUAUGCAUAUGUAAACAGUGCCAUGUAUUUCAAUUUAAACAGUGACUUUGAAGCUAGAUUUGAAUGAUGUGUGAGAAGUUUAGAUCACGCUUACACAUGAAAGAUGUUUUCAUACGUACGUGUAGUUUAUACCCUUAGUAAUUUCCUAUAUACGACGGUUUCAUGGUAGAAGUGACUUUGCGAGUGUGUAAGGUUUGACGCCGCAUUGUAGCAAUAUUCCAGCAAUAGCACGGCGGAGGACACCAAAUAUGGUGAGUGAGUGAGUUAGAAUUUUACGUCACAUUGGCAAUAUUUCAGCCAUAUCGUGACGAGAACUUAGACAUAAUAAAUAUUUAUACGGAAUAAAACCUGUCAGCGAUGGACAGUAUAAUAACUAGAGUAUCACAGUUUCGAUUCUAAACAGGUUGCCCAAUUCGGUCGUCUUUUACGACCAGCAAUGGGGUGCUGAGGACACAUUCUUAUCUUCCAUGGGUUCCCAAGGGGGCACCAAAUAUGGACUUUACACAUUGUAUCCGGCUAAGGGAAAAAUUGGGUCUUCGGUGCGUCAUGGUAGGAAAGAAAACAAAACAGGUUACAAGGAUUGUUCUUUAGAAUCCCCUUGGGUAUCAGUAAGAAAACGUGUACAGUACAGAAAACACCACUGAGAGCAGUGGACAAUCAAACAGUGAUUAACGCUAUGGUUCAACAACUGAAGAUGACAUUUUGUUCACAAUGGAGCCGGCUUAUAAACCACAUAACAUACUGAGGUGUCAUUCAGCAAAACUAUUACGUUGAAUGUUCAAAAACUAUAACGGGAUUUCAUUGUAGCUACAAAAAUAUUAAAUAGCAAUUAAAACAUAAAUACCUGAUAUAUCA